AUGGAAAGAGGCAAGGUCCUCUUGAAGAAGGAAGACAGAGCCACCGAUUCCCCCUCUGCGUACCGUCCCAUAUGCCUCUUGGACGAGAUUGGUAAAUUGUUCGAAAGAAUAGUUGCCAUUCGGCUCAACGAGCAUCUGUCGUGCGAUGGUCCCGAUCUGGCUGAUAGCCAGUAUAGAUUCCGACGAGAGCGUUCUACAGUAGAUGCCAUUACGCGCGUCCGCUCCCUGUUGGAACAAGCAAUAUCCCAGGGUGGUAUAGCGUUGGCGAUAUAA